CACGUACAUGCAUGCUUUCUUCUUUUUAGUAGAGCAUGCAGCAUUACUUUUUGUUAGCUACUCAUGCACAAUUACUGUCUUUUUCUAGUGGAAAUGCACGAUUACAUUUUUUAAGAGAAUGAUUACUUUUCCUUUUUAGAGCAGGAUCCACGAUUUACUGGCAGUCUGGCACGAGGAAAUCAAGAGAGAUCACUUUGGUCGGCCCGUUUUUCUUUUCUUUUUGGAAUCAUGUCAGCCCGUUUCAAAGACUUAAGAAACCUCAUGUCGGCCCGUUUCGGAUUUAUGGGCCUCUCAUCAGGCUAAAUAAUCAUCUGUUUGCGCCAUAUGGUGAUUGGCGAGCCUCUCAACUCCCAAAUGCCGAACGUAGCCAGAGGAGUCUAGGUCAGGAGCAGAGCGGCGACGGCGGCAGGGCGAUCAGCCGCGCCGGCUUGCCGAAGAUGGAGGCGGGUUCGGAGACGAUGGACGAGGCGGGGACCGAGAUGGCCGGGGGGAUUAGGAGAACCUCGAGGAAGAUCACAAAGACGGAGUAUGCAUCGGUGCUGGAUGCGAUGGAUGCCGCGAUGAAUCAGGUACUAGAGGAGCAUAUGCAGGGGCUGGUGGCGAGGUGGAACGCCGAGAACCCCGACGCGACGCCACUCGUGGUGGAAGCGCUCACGGAGGAGCAGCGAGAGUCGCUGGAGCGAGAGCAUUUGGCCAGGGAGGUGUUGAUUGGUCAGGCGUAGGUGGAUAAGAUGGCGGCGGAAGACAUCGCAAGACUGGAGUUGGAGAAAACUAAUCCGAAGAAGGAUCCCGACGAGCGGUCUUACCAAUAUUACCGAGAGAACUGGGAGUGGAAAUAUGCCGAAGAGUUCGGCUCCUUCGAGGCCACGACUCGGAUCCCAGCCAUGUGUUUCACGGACAAGCCGACGAAGCCUGGUGUUACUAACCCCGAGCGUAGUAUGCAGAUCUUUUCAGUUAAAGUUGAGGAAAUAUAUGGGGAUUUACAUUGGCCGCUGGAUGUGUUUGGUAUCGUUGCUGUGAGGGAUGACCUGGAUCACCAUCGCAAUAUUAUCUUUGAGCGCAAAAGGGAUAACUGUCAAACUCUCAAUGAGGAGGAUCCAUAUUUAUUAUUAACAGGUCCUACCCGUGCUCCCGUGACUCUGUUUGGGCCUAUGCAUUUCGAUAUCACGCUGAAAGUGAAGCGCAGCAAUGAGUUAGAGGACAAAGAUCUAAGCCUGCUAGGCUUUCGCUACGAGUGCUGCAAGUCAAUCAAUUAUCAAGCGAGUAAGGGAGAGUGCGCCCUCAGAUCAUGCGUGAGCAGCCAAAAACAUAGAAGCAAGCUGAGCACAUUGGAGCUGACAUGUAGCAUUGUAGUCUCAUCCAUUGAGGCCACAAUCAGUGUGUGUAUUGUUGGCGGGUCCUGGCCAGAUGGAUUCAGCGGGCGGUUCAUUGCCUCGACUGCUAGCGUCAGUCACAUGAGGGUGUUACUGCUCAAUAUUGGAGAUAAGGAUACGCCUGUUGUUGCUGCUGAUGGCACCAUUGAGCUGUCACGACGCGUGGUUUCUGUUGAAAGCUUUGGGGAGCUGAGAGUGCAUGCAGCAGGUUGGCUAGGCAGCCAGCAGAUUGACCGAGAGGUGUUCUUUCAACCAUUAGAAUCUGGCAGAAGCUCUCGUUCGCUUAAGGUUGGCUCGUGUGAAAUGGAAGUUACCGUUGGCUGGUCCCUUUUCCCGUUAUGUUAUCCCACUGACCGUAUUCCUUCACCCAAGAAUGGAUGAGGCGGAUAGUAGCUGCUGUCUAACUAUAAUAACUUGGCCACAGUUCUUUAAUGAACUUUUGUGUGAGGCUGGUGCUAGCAGGAACUUGUCUGACCUAUGCGAUAUGUUUUAUGUAGUGCGAUAUAUUAUGUACUAUAUAUGGUUGUUGCUUCUGAAAUGGCAUGUUAUGUGUCGUGGUUGUUGCUUCUGAAAUGGCAUUUUAUGAGUCAUGUUUUGUGCUAAUUAAUGAUGAAAAUCGAAUAUCUUUGAA